AUGGAGGUGGUGAGGGACCCCAUCCGCCUUACAGCUGGUCCUGCGACUGGAGUUCAACCGGCCCCUCCCUCAGUGGUACCAGUUAUUCCGACCGUCCCGUUGCCCUCGGCUCUUUUGGCCUCUUUGCCUGCCCCCUCUUUUGGGAGUAGUGACACUGCUGUGCUACGUACGGCACCAUUACCCUCUGUACCUCCGGCCCCUUUGCCCGUGCAGCCACCUUCUGCCAGCGCUGCUCCCUUACCGGUCCCUCCUUCAGGGAGUGAUGGAGUUGUCAGACGAAGGACAGUCCGAUCUACAGCUGGCCACCAUUCCAAUCUUCAUCAUCUACCUAGGCCGGUCAACGAGGCAGCCCAAGCUGGGCCUCCGGCCGUGCAGUUAAACUCUGUGUCUGCUUUCUUUAGGCCGUGGUCUUAGGGUGAGAUUCUUCAAGAGCAUCGUCGGGCCGACGAUGAAAAUCGGGGGGGUGGAUUGUAGUGGUAUGAGGCACCACGGCCUCAAGCUCAGCUCUGUUUGCCUCUUCCAAGCUCUUAGCCAAUCACGGUGCAGACAGAGGAUAUAAAAGUAGGCUGCGUUCCUCCCCCUGACCUCUCGCUUCCUGCCUCUUCGGCCCGCCCACUUCCGGGUCGUCGCCCAUACUGCUCACCUCGGAGCACAGGUAGGCUCACAUUGGCAUGUGAUUUGUGCACCCUCGUCUGGGUUUUAUUUAAUCUAAAUCGUCGUUGAUUGCUAGAUCUGGCAUUUGGCGUCUGGGGACGAGACUGUCGGGCGCGUUCACCGCUGUCAUCCAAGCCUAGGUGAGUCAUGGCGAGCUACCUUUUGUUUGUUGUUGUUAGCCAGGUGCUAAGCCCCUUUCCGCUCCUUCUCUCAUAGUUGUCGGUCUCCUCGUGCAGCGCAUGGCUGUCUCCGCCUGCUGUGCAGGCUUUCUUCACCCCUCUCCCUCUUGGACGGGACUAAAACUCCCGGCGGAUGAACCGGACCUUGCAGACCCUGAAAGCUAAGUACGAUUAUGGCUGGUUAGCCCCGGCUACCUGGAUACUGCCGCUGUGCUGCUGCUGUUGCAUCGCUGCCGCUUUGCUGCCGU